AAAGCCAUUUGUAUUGAUGCGCAGAUUACGAAAUUGAAACGCAUCUGUCACACCAUGAGUGAGGCUGAAAAGGAGUCGGUGUCCUUUGCCUGCCAGCGCUGCCUCCAACCAAUAGUGUUGGAUGAGCAUCUGGACAAGAUUAGUGUGCACGCUACAGCUGAACUUUCACUGCCGAUUUACGGAGGGAACGUAAACACACUCGAUACACAGGAUGCCAGUAGCUUUGAUCACUUUGUGCCUCCCUACAGGCUCACGGACUCCAUCAAUGGUACAGGGUUUAUGCUGGUCAGUGAUGUUCGAGAUAAAAAGAUGAGCGCUGCCUUCAAACUGAAAGCAGAGUUAUUUGACUGCUUGUCCUCCAAUUCUGAGAUUGAUCACCCGCUGUGCGAGGAAUGCGCCGACUCUAUGCUGGAAAUCAUGGACAGGGAGCUGUGCAUUGCCGAAGACGAGUGGAAUGUAUAUAAAGCAUACUUGAAAGAUCUCGAGCAACAGCAGGAGGCUCCCAAUGUAAACGCCCUGGACAAGGAAUUGGCAGAACUGAAGCAAAGCGAGCAGCAAUUGCUUGCUGAGUUGGCCAGUCUCAAGGCGGAAGAACAAACGCUUAAUAUGGCAAUUGCGCAGGAGGAGUUGGAAAAGGAAAAACUGCAUGAACAGGAGGAGAGCUAUUGGCGCGAGUACACGAAGCAUCGGCGAGAACUCAUGCUUACGGAGGAUGACAAACGUAGCCUGGAGUGCCAAAUCGCGUAUUCAAAACAGCAGCUGGACAAACUGCGCGACACCAAUAUUUUUAAUAUCACAUUUCAUAUAUGGCAUGCCGGACACUUUGGCACAAUCAAUAACUUUCGACUGGGCCGCCUGCCCUCUGUUUCGGUCGAUUGGUCAGAGAUUAAUGCUGCCUGGGGCCAAACAGUACUGCUCCUGUCAGCGCUAGCACGUAAAAUCGGACUGACCUUUGAGCGCUAUCGUGUUGUGCCCUUUGGCAAUCAUUCCUAUGUGGAAGUGCUUGGAGAGAAUCGGGAGUUGCCGCUUUAUGGUAGCGGCGGCUUUAAAUUUUUUUGGGACACGAAAUUUGAUGCUGCCAUGGUUGCGUUUCUUGACUGUCUGAUGCAGUUUCAACGGGAGGUUGAGAAGACAGAUCAAGAGUUUCUACUGCCCUAUAAAAUGGAAAAGGGCAAAAUCAUAGACCCGUCCACGGGCAAUUCCUACUCAAUUAAAAUACAAUUCAACUCUGAAGAACAAUGGACAAAAGCUUUAAAAUUUAUGCUCACAAACCUAAAGUGGGGACUUGCGUGGGUCUCCUCGCAGUGCGUCAGGCAGUAGUUAGAAUUAAACAUUUAAUCGUGUUUAUUUAUGUAUAUUAAUUAGUACUUUAUAUUAAACUUAAAUCUUUUAAAUUUU